GGAUGUGAUACAUGGGGAAGAAAAUGGUCAUUCAAUCUCACUCUUCUCAUCGCCGGGGUAUUCGGAAUCGCGGCUGGUGGUUCGCCUAAUUUUUUUACUCUUGCAUGGGCGUCGGCGGCAAUCUUCCCGUAGACUCGGCAGUACUCCUAGAUCUCAUUCCCGAUACUCAUCAAUAUCUUCUUACCCUCUUGAAUGUCUGGUGGUCUGUAGGUUCUUUGCUUGGCAGUUUUUUUGCAUGGCCUCUCAUAGCCAACUAUUCCUGUCCCGAGAAUGCUUCAGUUUGUGAACGUGCGGAUAAUAUGGGGUGGCGCUACCUUUUAUUCACGUUGCUGUUUUGGUUUCUCCGUCUUUUCUACUUCGAUCUUUUCGAAAGUCCCCGUUUUCUUAUAAGCAUCGGAAAAGAUGCUGAAGCGGUUUCCAUCAUUCACAAGAUUGCUAAAUACAACGGAACGACGACCAAUCUGAGCGUCGAGCAGCUCACUGAAGCUGCAGAAAAGGUUGCGAAUUUAGCCGUCCUCGUAGUCCCCCGGUAUGGAUUGCAGCAUGUAAAAGGUCUCUUCAGCACAACAAAAAUGGCUAUUUCUACGACGCUUUUAGUUGCGCUCUGGGCAAUCAUCGGACUCGCGUAUUUCCUCUAUAACAGCUUCUUGCCAAAUCUGUAUGAUUCGCUCCAAGUUCUUUACAUAUUCCUUUAUCUAACUGUAUAAGGUUGACAACCCGCGGAGCCGACUUCGGAGAUGGGUCGCUUUAUAUCACGUAUAGAAAUCAAUUUAUCCUUAGUCUUGUUGGCAUUGGUGGAGCCCUUGUGGCAGAAUGGACUGUCGAGGUAUCCCGUAUCGGUCGUAAAGGCUCUUUUGCAAUUUCG